AUGUGGCGAGGCGAGACUCGCCAUCCAUCAACCUCCCAUCAUUCUCACAGUGGUGGUUCCCACUAUGGUGGUACCGGUCGACGUCGACGCUAUAAAUCUAGAUAUCUUGGUGGUGGCUUCGACAUUGACGAAGUCACGCCAGGCGCGAUUAUGUUCCACCGCGAGGUCGUUGUGAAUUACAAUGACGCAGUUGCCGCUCGACAAGCCCCCCAGGUGGGAAGCAUGUAUGUCUUCCAAACCAACAGCGGCCAUUGGUACAUUGAGAAAGGCCGUUACUUCCACGUUAUCAAAGUCUUCGAUAGGCAUUGGACCGAAUGCCCGAUCUACACGUACCAAGGGCAAGGUCUGGAGAACAAGUCUCCUCAACUGAAGGAGGAGCACGUCGGUCUGAAGCCCAUGCAUCUCGCUCUGGACGAGUAUGAGCCGCAGAAUGAAGUCCAAGUCAGGACGAUGAGAAAUCCGAAGGAGCGGUUGAGCGAGAAGGCUGUGAUACAUUUCACUGAGGCUCGAUCAUCGAACUUCAACACGAGGAUUCGGGCUGUGGGGUUUACGGAUGGCAACGGUGUGAAUUUGAUUGCUGAGCUGCGGAAGAAGAUGGGUUGUGUCUAG